ACUCACCGACAGGCAUGAACAUAGCCGCAAGUGAAUAUGUCAAACUCAAUUUACGCGCAAAUUUGUAUCACUCGUCUAAAUGUGUCUGUUUUUUGUUGUAUUUCACCAUUUGAAUAAAUCCGUACCGCUGUGAUUAAAAGUGGCAUUGAAAUGGAUGAAAAACAAAGUGAAUCUUCGGACGCUGAGUGUCCAAUUUGCGGAAAGUAUUUUGCAACCGAUGCAAUUGAGGUGCAUGUAAAUCGGUGUAUAUUUUUGAACAGUGCCAGUAGCAGUAGCACCACCAGCAGUAGCACAGAAACAACAAAGGACAAUAACAAACGUACUUUCAGUAUUUUCAAUGGGUACAAAGCAAGUCCAUUGACAUCACCGCCGGGAAAUGCAAAGAAGAAGACAAAAAACAUCAAUGACAAAAACAAUGCUACACCCGAACCACUUGCAUCGCCGUCAACCAGUUCAAAAACAUUUCAAGCAUCAUCAUCCACAACAACAACAACGCCAAAGUCAUCAUUUGACACAGCGAAACAGACAAAUGUCGCGACGAAACAAAGCAUUCCACUUGCUGAACAAAUGAGACCAGAAACGAUAGAUGAUUAUGUUGGCCAAAGCCACAUAAUGGAUAAAAAUGCCGUUUUACGCCGAAUUUUGGACAAAAAUGAAACACCAAGUAUGAUAUUGUGGGGGCCACCGGGUGUCGGUAAAACGACACUCGCUCAUGUCAUCGCCAAUCGAUGCAAACAAACACAAAACAUUCGAUUUGUUAAAACAUCAGCAACAAUGGCCGGGGUGAAUGACAUUAAACAAGCGGUUGCCGUAGCCAAGAAUGAACAGAAAUUCGGUCGCAAGACAAUACUAUUUAUGGACGAAAUUCAUCGAUUCAACAAAUUGCAACAGGACAUUUUCUUGCCACACGUUGAAAGCGGAGCUAUUACAUUGAUUGGGGCCACCACAGAAAAUCCAUCGUUCAGUUUGAAUUCGGCAUUGCUCAGUCGAUGUCGUGUUAUUGUACUCGAGAAAUUGAGCACAGACAAUAUAUUCGACAUUCUGAAGCGCUCGCUGAAAGUGUAUGAAGCCGUUAUUUUGAGUACAACAGACGAGUAUCCAUCGUUUAAGGAACUCGGAUUCACUCCAAAAGUCGGUGUCGAAGAAUCAUCCAUAAAAUGGUUGGCUGAAAUAUGCGAUGGCGAUGCUCGGAUCGCGUUGAACAGUUUACAAUUGGCCAUGGAAUCGCUACAGGAAAACAAUAAUGGAGACACAAAGUUCAAUUUGAAAUUCAUGCCGCUGAGCUCAAUCAAGGAUGGCAUUAAACGCUCACAUAUGCUGUAUGACAGACGAGGCGAUGCACAUUAUGAUAUGAUAUCAGCGCUUCACAAGUCGAUUCGUGCCUCUGACGAUAAUGCCACCUUGUAUUGGUGUACGCGAAUGAUGCUCGGAGGUGAAGAUCCAAGAUUUAUUGUUCGUCGGCUUGUUCGGGCGGCCAGUGAGGAUAUCGGAUUGGCAGAUCCACAAGCCGUGACCGUUGCACUGUCAGCUUUGGAUGCUGUUCAAUUGAUUGGAAUGCCCGAGGCCGAUGUCAUAAUCGCACAAGCCGCCGUUUAUUUGGCACGAGCUCCAAAGAGUCGAGAGAUGGACGAUGCAGUGGCUGCCUGUAAACGAGACAUAAAAGAUUGCAAAGGUCCACAGCCGGCAGUGCCAUUGCAUUUGCGAAAUGCUCCGACGAAACUGAUGAAGGAUCUAAACUAUGGCAAAGGUUACAAUAUGGCCCACAAAGAUGAGUCCGGCCUUCAAUACAUGCCAGAAGGAAUGGAGGACCGUUACUAUUUUGAAUGAAAAAAUUAUUACUUAUGUUGUUUCCAGUUGAUUAUUUUGUGAUUUAAGAACAAACGUUUAUGUUAGUCUUUAAAAAUAUAAAUUUAGAUUUUGAUGUUCCGUAAAAUUUCGUUUCGUAAAGCUGUUGACCACUGAAAAGUGGAAAUCGAGUAAUGAAUUUGAUGAAUAAAAUCACCAUUGUGAUGAAAGAAGGAAAA